GACAUAGAAAAUUUUGACAUGACUGCAUUGAGACGUUCAUGUUGGCAGCAUUGUAUUUAAUUUGGUUUGUAUUUGUGUUCUCACAGUCGCCAUUUGUAUUUAGUCUCAAGUCAAAAUAUUUUUCAUGUAUUGAGUGCUUUAUAAGAAAAGAAAUAAUAAAAUGAUAUUGAAAUUGUGGCGGAAUUAUGUUGCUGCAGUGAAACAAAUGCAAUUUUAAAUAAGAGAGGAGAGAAACGAAAGGAAAAAUUAAUCGCACCAGCAGUUAACAAUAAUAUGGCACUCAAGAAAUCAAAGUUCUAUUUUAAAGGAUUGUGUUAUCUUGGUGGUGACACGCGGCGGACAAUACAGUUUAUCCGUAAUACAGACAUUAAAAUGCACAAAUACAGGGGUUUACUGUUGAUCUGAUCUAAAUAAGAUGUAUAUCGUGUAAAAAGCAAAGCAAAAUAUUUCUUGGUUAUCGUUAAUGCUAUUCAUUGAAAAAAGAAAAUUUUUUGAACUUUUUUUUAACACAGCAUAACUAUCUAUCAAAUAUAAGCGUUUUCCUUAAAUUUUGAACGCAACUACCAUGAGCGAACGCGAUAUACCCAGUGUUCCGGUAACGACCUUAGCUGGAUUAACUAGUCUGUCCGACUUACUGAGCGAAUUGCCUGUUGCCGAAUCUUUGGGCCAUGCUGCAUCACUUAAUAGAACGCUUUUAUUCCACACGCUAGUUGCUAGUGAAUCAAAAAACUUGUUAUCUGUAAGAGACGAAAAUUUAACCCGUCAACUAGUUCACGCUAUCGAGCAAACCAAUUCGGAUAACAUACAAUUAAAGCCACAGUAUGCUCUGCAGCAACAUGGUGCCAAUAUAAGCACUUACCCAGAAUUACUUCAAGGCAUAUACAACUUUCGACCAACAGUGUUUAAUAUUCCUCAAAAUAAUGUAGUUGCACAUCCUGCGCAAAUAACUGCCCCACAAAAUACUGUCCUAGCCAACACAAAUUUACCGAGCAUUGCGGUUUCAUCUCACAUCUCAUCGCAACAGCAAAAUGAACAUCGACCGUAUCCCAUACAUCAGCCGCAAGCUCAUUCACAACCACUUCCACUAGUUCCACUAAUCGAUCAGAGGGUUACAAACAAACCAGCAGACUCUGCCAACUCCAACUUAAUGGUGAAUACCCAUGAAACUCAAACAAGAGAGAUUAUACAAAAUGCACCUAAUCUUCCACACGAAAAUCCUAUACCUAAGGAACAGACGAAUUGUCUGCCGCCAGUCAAUUUAGCAGCAAAAGCAUUUAAUAACAAUUGUUCCACAAUUAAAAAUGUUCAGGAGACAUCAGUACAACAGCAAGAAAUAAAAAUAGAAGAAAGCGAAAUUGUACAAGCGACCCAGGAGUCGAAAGUGUGUGGAAAAGAAACAAGUGCGGUAGAAGCAGAAGCCGGCAUCACUACAACGAAAGUUGAAAAUGAAAAUACGCCGUGUAACAAUAUCCAAACACAACUUGCUCCAAUUCAGGGCAACUUUCAAAAUGUGCUUAAUUUGCAUCGGCAACAUUUCGGAGGAAAUAUUCAACAGCAUAAGCAAUUGGCCCCAGUUAAUUCUAACAUUACGCCGAGUGAAAAAGUGGUAAAAUCUGAAAAUGCCAUAUGCCAACCGCCGAUAGGAAAAGAAACAACGAAUAACAGUAGCCUGCAAACAACUGCUGACGCAACAAUUACUUUACCCUUGUCGUCAGCGCAAGUUUGCCCCAAUUCUGCGGACAAACCGAACAACAGCAAUAGCGACAAGCCCAACCUUCGGGUAUGUAUAAAUCGACUUAAAGCCGAGGACGUACGGCUAAUGCAACAAAGUAUUAAAACAUUUAUACAAAAGUCACCAGAGUUAGCAAAGAAAGUGGGUUUACUGACUACUGAAUCCGAAUUUAAAUUGCUACCGCAACAAAUUCAGUCUGUGACAAGUUGUGCUAAUACCCCUGUGAACUCAGCCAACUGUGUGCCGAACGCGCCUACAACAGAGGCAGAGGAGAAGCGAAUUACAAAGGACACAUUCACAAUUAUGAAAGCUGAUGAAAAGCAGAGCACGGCAAAACGUAAACUUCCGAUCACAAUAGAUGAUAUUCCUCCCGAUCAAAUAUUUUCGAAACCAAAAGUUAGACGUGUUGAACGCGUCAUACCAAGUCACACGUCGAAAUGCUCUAAAGACGAUGUUUUACGCUCACAAACAUAUCAACAGUUUAUGCGUAACAUGGAACAAAUAAUCGAACUUCUGGACGAUACAGAAUCGCCCAAUUUCGAGUCUGACGACAUCGAUGAAAAUAUUGAAUGCAUCUCUUCAAAAAUGCUUAAUACGAUGAGUAAUGAUGUCGCUAAACUUAAAGCGAAAAAUGUCUUGGAUCUGAUACCGAAAAAUAAAUUAACACUCUUAAUUAAUUAUGCCAUGAGAAACAUAUAUUUAGCAAAAAAUUACUCCGCUGGACCGGAUGACGAAGAAGAAAUUAUUGACGACGAAGUAAUGGAAAAAAUUCUUAAUGGAAUUGAAUCCUGUCUGUUGAUUUGCAAUAUUUAUUCAACUGUCAAUGAUUUAAAGUUUCUACAGGAAGACAAUAUUUCGGUUAUUAUUAAAUUUAUGCAAUUCCAGUUAAGAGAAACUAUAUUUCCAUCGUACGAUCCAGUUUAUACUGUUAAAAAUAUGAAAAAAUCCAGUAAUCGUGGUAGAUCGAAAGCGUAUCAAAAUCAUAGCCGUAACCUGCAUCUACUUUAUUCAAAAGUUGUCGAGCUAAUGAAGGUCUUUGUUAUGUUGUUUGACAAAUGCUUUUUCGUGGAUACAAUAGUUCUUCCUUUAUCGACUUUGGCCAUUGAACCAUUUUUUGUGGAUAAUAUUGAUACGUUACAGUUUGUUUGUUUGGAAUUAGUAACAACGAUUUUUCGAAAGGAGCAGUACGAAAAAAUACGAAGCAGCAUACUUUGUGAUAUACUAGCGUCGAUAGAUCGUUUACCAUCGUCAAAAAAGAAUUUACGACCCUUCAAAUUGACCAAUAACGGCGGAAACAUUCAAAUGGUCACUGCCCUGGUUCUGCAGCUUAUACAGUGCGCUACAAUUCUUCCUGAUGCGCUUUGCGUUACAGACAGUUCCAAGAAUGUACAGAUUAACGAUAAUGACAUCUCAGAGAGUUCUUCCCGCAUAAAAAAGCCGAACACUGAUGUUGUUGUUCUUAAGAAAUAUGAAGUCGCUAUUAGCAUUGGCGGCAAUUUUUUAACUACUUUUCUGAACAAAUGUAAAACGCGAUCAAAUGAAACCGAUUUUCGACCGCUCUUCGAAAACUUUAUUCACGAUUUACUGUCAACGGUGAAUAAGCCAGAAUGGCCAGCAUCGGAAUUAUUGCUCUCUCUAUUAGGAACUAUGUUAGUGCGCUAUGUGUCAGAUAAAUCGAUCGAACAAAGCAUACGUUUAGUAUCACUGGACUAUCUGGGAAUUGUUGCUUCACGUCUGCGCAAAGAUACCGUGGAAUCUCGUUGCAAAGUGAACAUUAUAGAUUCCAUGAUUAAAUCGAUCAAGCUCGAGCAAGAAAGAGAGGGUGAUUUGACCAUUACAAACAACAAAAUUGAAGUGGAUCCAGAAGAAGAACGAACAGAGUUCCUACAGAAAAUUCUCUUGGAUUUUUUAGCGGUUAACGCGCAGGAAGAAAAUCUCAUUUGGGAUUAUGCGAGGCACUUUUAUUUAGCUCAAUGGUAUCGAGAUAUCAUUUGUCAACGUAAAAGAAUCGCAGAAGGCGAUAAGCAUUAUGCGUCACGAAAGAAAACCAGUAAACGCAAAAAGCAUCGCAAAGGAUUAUCUUCCACAUCAUCGGAGAGUGAUAGUUGCAACGAAAGUGGUGAGGAUGGUAGAAUACCAAAUGAAAAUAGUCGCCGCACUGAUAUUAUCGAUCAAGAAUUAAAUCUGGAGAUUUUCAAUAUAUUAGAACAGCGAAAAGCUUUUCUAAUCAGCAAAAUUAAACCGUACAGCUUAUCGAAUGAUAUAAGCCACGCAUCACAUAUCAAAACAUAUAUAGAUUACACUAAUGCCCAUCUGAUAGCUCAAUAUCUGGCGACUAAAAGGCCCUUUAGUCAAUCAUUUGAUGGUUAUUUAAAGAAAAUCAUACUGGUUGUAAAUGAACCGUCAAUCGCAGUCAGAACGAGAGCUAUGAAAUGUCUAGCAAAUAUUGUCGAAGUAGAUCCCUUUGUACUUAAACGUAAAGACAUGCAAAUGGGUGUAAAUCAAAAAUUUUUAGAUGCAGCGAUUUCGGUGCGCGAGGCAGCCGUCGAUUUAGUUGGAAAAUUUGUCUUAAGCAAUGAGGAGCUUAUCGAUCAGUAUUAUGAUAUGUUGUCUACACGAAUUUUGGAUACCGGAGUGUCAGUACGAAAGCGAGUUAUAAAAAUUCUCCGUGAUAUAUGCAUAGAAUAUCCAGACUUUAAAAAAAUACCAGAAAUUUGUGUUAAAAUGAUAAGACGUGUCAAUGACGAAGAAGGCAUUCAAAAACUUGUAACCGAGGUUUUCAUGAAAAUGUGGUUUACUCCGUGCAAUAGGAAUGAUAAACAUGGGAUUCAGCGGAAAAUCAAUCAAAUUAUCGAUGUUGUUAAUACUGCGCACGAUACUGGGACAACUUGGUUGGAAGGUCUCUUAAAUAGUAUAUUUCAACCCAAAGAAAAUAUGCUCAAGACGGAUGGUAAUACGCAAGAUCCUGUGAAAAAGAAUACAGAACCACCACAAGAAAUUGUUCUUGCAUGUCAACAAUUAGCAGAUGGUCUUGUUGAUCGUCUUAUUGAAUUAGAGGAUACUGACAAUGAACGUAUGCUAGGUUGCAUAACAACGCUUCAUUUAUUGGCUAAAGUCCGUCCACAGUUACUAGUGAGGCAUGCAAUGACAAUCGAACCAUAUUUAAAUAUCAAAUGCCACCCAUCGACAGCGCCAAAAUUUAUAUGUGCUGUGGCGGAUAUAUUAGAAAAGGUUGUACCGCUUGUAAACAACGCAAGCGAAUCAUUUUUAGCGUCGCUGGAGGAACACUUAAUGCUUCUUGUUGUAUCGCUAAAUCAAGCCGUCGUAUCGAGUUGCGUUUCGUGCUUAGGAGCUGUCGUGAAUAAGAUAACAAAAAACUACAAACUUAUACGCGAUUGCUUUCAAAAAUUCUAUCGCAUACUAGAUUACAGUAGAAAUCAAGUUGUUAAAAAUAAUCAUAGUAUAGAUGAAAUUUAUACUCCAAUGUUUCGCCGAAGUUUAUUUACAAUUGGAAUUUUAAUGCGGUACUUUGACUUCAAAGCUCCCCACGUAAUUGGGGAUGCAAGCGGCGGCGGAUUUUCAGUAACAAUUUGUGAUGAUGCGUUCGAAUGUUUAAUGUUUUUUACACAUUGUUCAAAUUGUGAAAUUCGAAAGCAAGCACUCAUAGCCUUGGGUUCGUUCUGCGUUAUGAAUGAUGAUUACUUAAUAAGGUCAGAACUGAAGCAAUUCUACUGUGAUAUACUACGUUCAGAUAAAACGGAACCUGGUAUUAAAAUUAUUUGUAUGCGCAACAUUUGGAUUUACCUAACAGAGUCCGAAAUGUGCAUGUACAAUAAAGAAAAAGAAUGGGAAAAGCAAUGCAAGAAUGAAGACUUAAAAGAGAUGAAUGACGUUUCCUCCGGUAUGGCUAGUCGCAUAAUACAGUUAUAUCUUCAAGAAAUUCUUGAUUGUUUCCUAAAUCGCGACGACGCAGUACGGCUAUGGGCUGUUAAAGUUGUACAAAUUGUUUUAAGGCAAGGUUUGGUCCAUCCGGUGCGUAUGGUACCGUAUUUAAUUUGUCUUAGUACAGAUUCCAAACUAGAGUCGGCACAUAGAGCGGAUGCUCUUCUCAAAGAUAUCGAUAAAACGUAUUCAGGUUUUGUUAACAUGAAAGUCCAAUUCGGUUUGCAGUUGUGCUUCAAAUUACAGGAAUUACUGCAGUGCAAUAAUAAAGGAAAAGUUGGGAACAUUAUUCGUGGAUAUGUAAAACGGGAAUCAGAUGCAAUGCCAACAGCUUUAAAUGACUUCCUCUACACACUCCUGCGAACCACAAAACCUCAAAGGCGUGCAUUGGUGCAAACAGUUACUAAACAAUUUGACGAUCAGAAAACUCAAUUACGGCAAAUGCUUUACAUUGCUGAUAAUAUGGCUUAUUUUCCGUUUGUUGUUCAAGACGAGCCCUUGUAUCUUAUACAUCAAAUCGAUUUACUCAUUUCAAUGGCUGGUACCAAUAUCUUGGCCACAUUUAAAGAAUGCCUAAAACCUGGAGAAAAUUCAGGUGAUAUAUUAGAAGAUGAUGAUGACGAAGAAGACUCUGCGGUGCUAUUUAAACGUUUGCCUGACAACACUUUGGAGAUAGAAAAGUGCAUUACGUCUGCACAAGCUUGCAUGUUGCUUUUAGUGCUAAAAGAGCAUUUGAAAGACAUGUACAGUCUAACAGAUAGUAAAAUAUCACGCUACUCACCGUCGGAAACGAAACUAUACGAGAAAGCUGUUACUCGGAAAAAUGUGCCAGAUUUUAAUCCUAAGACGACAAUAGAUAUAAUCAAAAAACAACAAGAUCAAAUUAAUGCCGCCUCAAAUGAUGUUGCAAUUAAGCCUUUAACCGAUGAAGAGAAAAUGGAUCUAGUUGUCAAAUAUUUAGAUUUUAAGCAACUUAUGUUAAAACUUGAUCCAGAUGAUGUAGAGUCUGAGGAAGAAAUGUACGAUAAAUCGAAACUGAAUAGCACUAUGUUAACUGAUAUUACGCCAACAACAUCAGUACUGAAUUCAACUGGAGCAUAUCAAUCACCAAAUGAAAGCGGAGCAAGUGGGACUAUUAAUAUGGCGAACCUGUCAUCGCCUAACUUUGGCAAUAGAAGCAAAAAUCACAUAUUUUCAACACCUACGCCGAUAAAAGAGUCACCUGUCACACCGACAUCACGGACAACUCGAUCCGUAAUAGUGGCUAAACCUACAGCAAUACGGAAGGCUGCUCACAAAGGCAAGCGCAAGAAACGACGAAUGAUUUCAUCAGAUGAGGACGACGAUGAGUGCAGUGACAUUGACGAAUAUGCGUGAAAACCCGCUUAAAUACCUGUUUCUAAUAAUACGAGAUAGAUAAAUGUACAUAUAUCACAGGUUCACGGAUCGAACAAACAUCAAUGAUUUUUGUCAUUCUGCUUCGUUUUAAUUUUAUAUAUUUUUGUACCAAUUUAUUCCACAAUAUUUAUAAUAAUUUAAUGAGUUUUAAUUAGGCAUAAAAUUUGGAGGAAAUAUUGAGAUUUUUGAAAUGCAUUACAAUAUGCCAAUCAUGAAAAAUUUAAUAUUGAGAAAAUUAAUUUAUAACCCAAAAAAAAAAAAUAUAUAUAUAUUUUAGUAGAAAGAAUAUUUCACAUUUUUCGCAUUUCGUUUCUCCACCACAGCUUCAGUCAUCAUGAUUUCAAAGAAUAUUUAGCAGUGAAAGGACGCUAGAAGGAGAAUUGCACAAAACAAACUCGUUCGAUAUAUAUAUAUAUAUUUAUAUAUAUCGCUUAUCAUGUUUUAUACGAAACUUUAAAUUAGAUCAAGAGAAAAAGAUUAGUUUUCUAAAAUAAGUAGAAAAGUGAGAAAUAACACUAUUAUUGAUUUAAUAAACUGAUAUUUGAAUAUA